CGCCUUCACUGACAGCGGCAGGAGGACACCAGGACACUCCGUGGCUAGAAAUGGAGUCAGUGAGCUUUGAGGAUGUGGCUGUGAAGUUCACGCAGGAGGAGUGGGCUGUGCUGGACCCAUCCCAGAGGAUGCUGUACAAAGAUGUCAUGCAGGAAACCCUGAGGAACCUGGCCUCUCUAGGAAACAAGUCGGGCAAACAUAAGGUUGUAAAUGAGUAUGAAAAACUGUGGAGAAAACUAAGCAGCCAACUGGUGGAGAAAUUCUGUGACUAUAAUGAAAGUCAUCAGUAUCCAGAAAUCUUCAGCUGCAAUCCAGGGCAGUCUGCGAGCCGGAAAUCUUGUCCAGGACUUGCUACAUUUGAAAAGAAUGUCCGUGUAGAAGGUAGAAUUGGCCACUCAUCUCCGGGUGUGCUCCUGAACCAUCAGGUAGGACCUUGUGAAGACCAGGAACAUGGACAGACGUUGUAUAAACACAAGGAGUUUGGGAGAAGCUCCAGUUCUCCUUCACCCCUUCAGAUGCAUAAAAGCACUCACACUGGAGAGAAACCUUCUAAAAAUAAGGACUAUAAAGAAGACCUUCCAUGUGUCAGAUCUGGCCAAAUGUAUGAACAAAAUGACUGUUCAAAGAAGUCUUAUGUGCACAAGCCAUGUGGGAAAGGCUUCACGUAUCCCAGUCCUUUACCAAGGCAUGAGAAGAGUCACAGUGUUAAGAAGCCCUACGUGUGUGAACUGUGUGGGAAAGGCUUUGCUCGGUUUGGUAACCUUUUAAGGCAUCAGAGAACUGACACGGGUGAGAAUCCUUUUCUGCCUGAUCAUUAUGCAAAAACUCUUCCUCGUUCUGCUUGCCUUAGAAGAAGAAUGAGUAUUCACAAUGGUGAGAAACCCUAUGUGUGUGACCAGUGUGGGAAAACUUUUCUUGAUUCUACUUACUUUCGAAUACAUAGAAGGAUUCACACUGGUGUGAAACCCUACGUGUGUAAGCAAUGUGGGAAGGCCUUCACUGCUUCUCGGUACCUCAAAUCACAUGAACUGACUCACACUCGGGAAAAGUCUUAUGCUUGUGAGCAGUGUGGGAGCGCCUUCACGUUUUGGUAUCAAUUUCAGAAGCACAAAGUAACUCACAGUGGUGUGAAUCCUUACAUUUGUAAGCAAUGUGGGAAAGGCUUUACUUACUCCAGUUCCCUAAAAACUCAUGAAAGAAUUCACACUGGUCAGAAGCCCUAUGUGUGUAAGCACUGUGGGAAAACCUUUGGUAGUUCCGGUAACCUUAAAAGACACGGAAGUAUUCACACUGGUGAGAGACUCUACGUAUGCAAGCAGUGUGGGAAGUCAUUCAAUAAUCACAGUUCCUUUCAGUUCCACAAUCGAAUGCAUACUGGAGAGAACCCCUACAAGUGUAAGCAGUGUGGGAAGGAUUUAGCUUCUUCUUCCUCCCUUCAGAGCCACGAAAGGAAUCACUCUGGAGAGAAGCCUUAUGCGUGUUUGCAGUGUGGGAAAGCUUUCAGUUCUGACAGCUCUCUUCGGAAACAUAAAAUAAUGCAUAGUGAAGAAAAACCCUAUGUAUGUAAGCACUGCGGGAAGUCUUUUCGCCGCUUUUUUGAGGUUCGGGUGCAUGAACGAAUCCACAGUAGCGAGAGACCCUAUGAAUGCGAGACAUGUGGAAGAGGCUUUUUGAGUUCAACUCAUUUGCGAAGACAUGUACCUAUUCAUAGUAGAACAGAUAAGAAUGUUAGUAAAUGACAUGAGAUACUGUCUGCUAGCUCUCACAAAGUCAGACAACAUGAUUAGAUUACGCUAGCAAUGUGGGGAAAUAACAAACAAACUCCAGAGAAGGCAUCCUUUUGAAUUGGUGUAGAUAUUACUACUAAAAAUUCUCUUCUAAUAUACAUGGAAGCAGACACUGGAGAAAAGCUGCA